GUCGGUCGGGAUUUCAGAACCACAGGAGAAUCACCGGAAAGGGUUUUGCUGAUAAAACAGCAUAUUUUGGGAGGAGAUACCGCAUUAUAUGGCUACAUAAACACGCAACGAGCUACUUUAUCCCUUAUUUCACGAUGGAAACUGAACUAUGAGGUGUUGUGUAGUGCAGAAGACUGAGUGAACCAUGGCACAGUUCCCGACCACAUUCACAGGUCCAGAUGUGUUUCUGAUCUCGGUGGAUGAGAGAGCCAAACAUGAUCAGCAGUUUCUCAGCCUCUCUCCCACUGCCGGGGGUUACAUCACAGGUGACCAAGCGAGGAACUUCUUCCUUCAGUCAGGAUUGCCCCCUCCCAUCCUGGCCCAAAUCUGGGCCCUGGCUGAUAUGAACGGCGAUGGGCGUAUGGACAUUCAUGAGUUCUCCAUCGCCAUGAAACUCAUCAAACUGAAACUCCAGGGUCACCCUCUGCCCCCCGCGCUCCCUCCCAGUAUGAAACAACCCCCACUGACUUUACCCCCACAGACCGGCUUUGGCAUGCCCCCCAUGCCUCCCAUUGCAGCUCCUCUGCCAGGCGUGCCUCCUCUUCCCCUGCCUCCUCUUCCUGUCGGAGUAUCUCCCCCACUCGUCUCGUCUGCCCCUCCUCCUCUCCCUCCACCCAUCGCCAACGGAGCUCCACCAACAGGCAUCAUGCAGCCCAUCUCAGGCUUCUCCCACCCAGCUCCCUCCGUCAACAAGUCUUCUUCAUUUAAUCGUCCCAGUGCAAAGCUGCAGAAGGGGUCAUCCUUGGACGCUGCUAGUGGUCCGCCUCCCUCUGACUGGGCCGUCCCUCAGUCCUCCCGUCUGAAGUACAGACAGCUUUUUAACUCCCAUGACAAAAUGAUGAGUGGACACCUCACAGGUCCCCAGGCUCGCACCAUCCUGAUGCAGUCCAGUCUUCCUCAGGGCCAGCUGGCCACGAUAUGGAGUCUAUCAGAUAUUGACCAGGAUGGAAAGCUGACAGCUGAGGAGUUUAUAUUAGCAAUGCACCUCAUAGAUAUGGCGAUGUCAGGGUUACCGCUACCCCCUGUGUUACCACCAGAUUACCUCCCACCCACAUUCAGGCGUGUGCGAAGUGACAGUGUUCAGUCGGAUCAGAAGAGCGUCCAGGAGGAGGCAGAGGAGGAGACGGAGAGCAGCCAGGACAAGAAACUACCAGUCACGUUUGAGGAUAAGAAGAGGGAGAACUUUGAGCGAGGAAACCUGGAGCUGGAGAAGAGACGUCAGGCUCUGCAGGAGCAGCAGAGGAAAGAGCAGGAGAGGCUGGCUGCGCUGGAGAGAGAGGAACAGGAGAGAAAGGAGCGCGAGCGUCUGGAGCAGGAGAGGAGACGACAACACGAGCUAGAAAAACAGCUGGAGAGACAGAGAGAGCUGGAGAGGCAGAGAGAAGAGGAGAGGCGCAAAGAGAUAGAGAGGAGAGAGGCUGCGAAGCGCGAAUUAGAGCGUCAACGUCAGCUGGAGUGGGAGCGUCAACGUCGCCAGGAGCUUCUGACUCAACGAAACCGAGAGCAGGAGAGUAUAGUGCUGCUGAAAGCCAGGAAGAAGACCCUGGAGUUUGAACUGGAGGCUCUGAAUGAUAAGAAGACCCAGCUGGAGGGCAAACUGAAGGAUGUUCGGUUUCGUCUGUCAGCUCAGCGGAGAGAGGUGGAGCAGACCAACCAGACCAGAGAAACACGAAUUGCUGAAAUCACCCUGCUGCAACAGCAGCUGCAGGACUCCCAGCAGUGGUUGGGGAGGCUAAUUCCUGAUAAACAGAGUCUCAACGACCAGCUGAAACAGGUUCAACAGAACAGUUUGCAUCGUGAUAGCUUAUCGUCCCUGCAGAAGGCUGUGGAGCAGAAGGAGACAAGCAGACAGCAGCUCAGAGAGCAGCUAGAUGCUGUGGAGAGAGAGACGAGAGCCAAACUGCUGGAAAUAGACGCUUUCAACACCCAGCUGAAGGAGCUGAGGGAGAUCCACAGCCGGCAGCAGAGGCAGAAACAGAGGGAGCUGGAGGGAGACACACACACACUGACACACACACACCCUCACAUACACACCCCAGUCGAGAGGAAGUCUGCUGAACUACAGGACAGCAGGUUGUCAUCAGAGGAGGGCGUGGCCUGGAGGGAUGAAGCCGCAAGCUCUGCCCCCAACGCUCCUAGCCCCUCCUCCAUCUCCGCACCCCACGCCUGGCUAAACAGAGUGACUCAGGAAGAGGAGGAGAGGAAGAGGAAAGGGCCGGAGGAGGAGGAGGAAGAGGGGAAGAAGGGAGCAGGAGCAGCAGAGGAGAAGGAGGACGAGGGGAGAGGCAAGAAGGACAUGCAGGAGAAACUGAACAAGCUGUUCAGCCAGCCGGCCGACCCCUGGGCUACAACAGUGGACAAAACUCCGGUCCCCAGUCUGUUUGACCAGAAGGCUCCAGUCAGCAGCUUCGACCAGCAGCAGCCAGUGAAGGUGGUCUACUACAGAGCUCUUUAUCCAUUCGAUGCUCGCAGCCACGAUGAGAUCAGCAUCGCUCCCGGAGACGUAAUCAUGGUGGAUGAAUCCCAAACAGGUGAACCCGGCUGGCUGGGAGGAGAGCUCAGGGGUCGCACCGGUUGGUUUCCAGCCAAUUACGCCGAACGGAUACCCGACAGUGAAGCACCGAUCAGCCUGCGCGCCACAGCCUCAGCCACACCCACCUCAGCCCAGCAGCCAAUGUCCACGCCUCCCCCAGCACCCGGACACACCUCCUCCUCCACGUCCUCCGCCAACAGUAACUGGGCCGACUUCAGCACCACUUGGCCGUCCAACACAGCCAGUCAAUCAGACAGCGAGGGAUGGGACGCAUGGCCGACCUCUUCAACCAGUCAGAAUCCUUCGCUCAGUGUUCCCUCAGCGCAGCUACGACAGCGCUCCGCCUUCACACCUGCUACGAUGACGACGGGCUCGUCUCCUUCUCCUGUGCUGGGACAGGGGGAGAAGGUCGAGGGUCUUCAGGCUCAGGCGUUGUAUCCCUGGAGAGCGAAGAAGGACAACCACCUCAACUUCAACAAAAAUGAGAUAAUAACAGUGUUGGAGCAGCAGGACAUGUGGUGGUUAGGUGAACUGCAGACCGGACAGAGAGGCUGGUUCCCCAAAAGUUACGUCAAGCUCAUCUCUGCCACCAUGACGCCCCCGCCUGGUGCCACAACACGCAGCAAAAACACCAGUGAAUCUGGAGUAUCAGAAAGCCCACCCAAUGGAAAACGUCCCUCCCCUUCCCCGACAAAACCCUCCGAGUCUGGAGAAGAGUAUGUGGCCAUGUACACCUACGAGAGCAGUGAACAGGGCGACCUGAGUUUCCAGCAAGGAGAUAUCGUCAUGGUGACCAGGAAAGAAGGUGACUGGUGGACGGGCAUGGUCGGGGGAAAGACCGGAGUCUUCCCUUCCAAUUAUGUCAAACCACGAGACUCGGCGUCAGAGGCUUUGGGACCAGCAGGGAAGACGGGCAGCCUUGGAAAGAAACCAGAGAUCGCUCAGGUGAUCGCCCCUUACAGUGCCACAGGAGCAGAGCAGCUGACGUUAGCUCCGGGUCAGCUCAUCCUCAUCAGAAAGAAGAACCCAGGGGGCUGGUGGGAAGGGGAGCUCCAGGCCCGGGGGAAAAAGCGCCAGAUAGGUUGGUUUCCAGCCAACUAUGUGAAGCUGCUCAGUCCCAGCACCAGCAAGACGACGCCCACAGAGCCCACCCCUCCUAAACUGGCUCCUGCCAGCACAGCUGUGUGUCAGGUGAUCGGCAUGUACGACUACGUGGCCCAAAACGACGACGAGCUGGCCUUCCAGAAGGGUCAGGUGAUCACGGUGCUCAACAAGGACGACUGUGAUUGGUGGAAGGGAGAGCUCAACGGGAGGGAGGGUCUGUUUCCUAGCAACUACGUCAAACUCACCACGGAUACCGACCCGAGCACGCAGUGGUGCGCCGACCUGCACCUGCUGGACAUGCUGAGCCCCAUGGAGAGGAAGAGGCAGGGAUACAUCCACGAGCUGAUCGUCACCGAGGAGAACUACGUCAACGACCUGCAGCUCGUCACAGAGAUUUUUCACAAACCUCUGUUGGAGUGCGAGCUGCUGACGGAGAAGGAGGUCGCCAUGAUCUUCGUCAACUGGAAGGAGCUCAUCAUGUGCAACAUCAAACUGCUCAAAGCUCUCAGAGUGAGGAAGAAGAUGUCGGGCGAUCGGAUGCCGGUGAAGAUGAUCGGUGACAUCCUGACCAACCAGCUGCCUCACAUGCAGCCGUACAUCAGAUUCUGUUCGUGUCAGCUGAACGGAGCCACGCUGAUUCAGCAGAAAACUGACGACAACCCCGAGAUCAAAGAUUUCCUCAAGAGGUUAGCCAUGGAUCCCAGGUGUAAGGGGAUGCCUCUGUCCAGCUUCCUGCUCAAACCCAUGCAGAGAGUCACACGCUACCCGCUCAUUAUCAAGAACAUCUUAGAAAACACUCCAGAGUCACAUCCAGACCACAGCCAUCUGAAAGCGGCUCUGGAGAAAGCAGAGGAGCUCUGUUCACAGGUGAAUGAGGGCGUCCGGGAGAAGGAGAACUCAGAUCGUCUGGAGUGGAUUCAGGCUCACGUCCAGUGUGAAGGCCUGUCUGAGCAACUGGUGUUUAACUCCGUCACCAACUGUCUCGGUCCCAGAAAGUUCCUCCACAGCGGGAAGUUGUUUAAAGCCAAGAGCAGCAAGGAGCUCUACGGCUUCCUGUUCAACGACUUCCUGCUACUGACACAGGUGACCAAACCUCUGGGCUCAUCAGGCUCGGAUAAAGUCUUCUCUUCCAAAACACACCUGCAGUACCGCAUGUACAAGACGCCAAUCUUCCUAAACGAAGUGUUAGUGAAGCUGCCGACAGACCCGUCAGGAGACGAACCUCUGUUCCACAUCUCCCACAUAGACCGAGUUUACACGCUCAGAGCCGAGAGCAUCAAUGAACGGACGGCGUGGGUUCAGAAAAUUAAGGCAGCUUCAGAGCUCUUCAUCGAGACAGAGAAGAAGAAGAGAGAGAAGGCGUAUUUAGUGCGUUCUCAGAGGGCCACAGGUAUCGGCAGACUGAUGGUCAACAUUGUGGAGGGAAUCGAGCUCAAACCCUGUCGCUCCCAUGGAAAAAGUAACCCGUACUGUGAGGUGACCAUGGGUUCACAGUGCCAUAUCACGAAAACAUUACAGGACACAUUGAAUCCGAAGUGGAACUCCAAUUGUCAGUUUUUUAUAAAGGACCUUGAACAGGACGUCCUCUGUGUCACUGUGUUUGAGCGAGACCAGUUCUCGCCUGACGACUUCCUGGGCAGGACGGAGAUCCGGUUGGCUGAAAUAAAGAAGGACCAGGGCUCUAAAGGACCAAUCACCAAACGGCUGCUGCUCCACGAGGUUCCCACGGGAGAGAUCGUUGUCAGGCUGGACCUCCAGCUGUUUGAGGAACCGUAAAAUACCUGGACAGGAUCAUACGGGGCUGGACUCA